AUGGCUCCGAAAUCUAUGAACCUCAACGGCGCCGCAAAGUCGAAAUCGGCCGCACCUUCCGCCGCGGCAACGACUUCGGCUCCGCACAAGACUACCACUGCUAGCAAGGAAAAACACACAGAGCCCACGACGGGGUAUAUAGUACGGCCGACGGCGCCUACCCCCGGCCUACGCAUAAAUGCAAACCCUACCGUUUUGAAAGCACAUGGCGUGGCCAACGGGGAUCUUGUCAAGGUCUGGAAAGCGCUGGACUCGGCUUCGGGCGGUGGGAGCAGCGGCGCCAGCGCUGUAGGUCAGAUCUUUACCGAGUCCGAGACGGAGAGUAUUGAUAGCACCGUGCUGCAGCUGUCGUUCGGAUUGAGAGGACUGCUCGGUGUUUUCCUUGGCGAUAGGGUACGGCUGGAAAAGUACAGGGGAGCUGUGGGUGAAGCUGAUAAGGUUGAUAUUGCGAGUCAAGAGGGUGACGAAGCGCACGUUGAUAUCGACGAACAAGCCGUUUUGAAAGUCUUACAGACAAUCAAAUACGUGUCAAGAAAUCAGAUCAUAACGACAGACACCAUCAAAUUCCGCAUCCUCGAAAUCUCCACCCUCGCCAUCCCACGAACCCAGUCUCCUCCCCCACAAAUCUACAAAGUCUCUCCCAAAACUGAAAUAUCAGUCCUCACGCUCCCCUCCCCCGCCAGCAUCGAAACUGCAUCUACACCUUCCUCGUUAUUGCAUCAAAACACCGGGUAUGCCAAUUUAGGCGGCCUCGCGCACGAAAUCAGUUUGAUUAGGAAAACUGUCGACCUGCCACUUCUCAGACCGGAGAUUUUCUCUCGCUUUAAAGUCCCCCCGCCACGAGGAAUCCUACUCCACGGCCCGUCCGGCACAGGCAAAACAUCGCUCCUACGCGCCAUCGCGCACGAGACUCCACAAGCACACAUUCUCUCUGUCUCUGCUAGUUCGAUCUUGGGAAGAUAUUUAGGCGACAGCGAGGCUGCGCUGACAAAAGUCUUUGACGAGGCGCGGAUGUUUGAACCGAGCGUGAUCUUGAUCGAUGAGCUGGAUUCGGUCGCGCCGAGGAGGGAUAGUGAGAGCGGGACCGAGUCCGAAGCCCGGAUCGUGUCGACCUUGGUGUCGCUUUUUGACUCGUUUCUCUCGACAUCUGAAUCCGACUCUGAAGCAGAGGUUGGGAAUCGAUGCCGCGUUGUCGUGGUCGCGGCUACUAAUCGACUUUCAAACGUCGACCCAGCACUACGAAGACCAGGCCGGUUCGACCGCGAAAUCGAGCUGCGCAUCCCCGACGCCUCCGCCCGAAACGAGAUUCUCUCGAUCCAGCUCCGAAACAUCCCGCACACGCUAACCACCGCCGAGAUCUCUGCGAUCGCGUCCAAAACGCACGGUUUCGUCGGCGCAGAUAUCGCUGCUCUCGUGCGCGAAGCCGUCAUGUGCGCUGUCUCGCGCGGAGAUAAAGAGAGCGUGCAGGUCGCGGAGAUGUUUGUUGAUAAAUCGGAUUUCGACACCGCGAUGCUGUCUGUGCGCGCGAGUGCCAUGCGGGAGAUCUUUCUCGAGACGCCAAAAGUGUAUUGGAGCGAUAUCGGGGGCCAGGAGCUGGUCAAGCAGAAACUGCGCGAGACGGUCGAGUGGCCGCUUGCGCAUCCCGAGACAUUCAAACGGCUUGGAAUCGCUGCUCCGCGCGGAAUACUGCUGUACGGACCACCGGGCUGCUCAAAGACGUUGACAGCGAAAGCGCUCGCUACCGAGGCCGGGCUGAAUUUCCUGUCCGUCAAGGGCCCCGAGAUUUUCAACAAGUACGUGGGCGAAUCAGAGAAAGCUAUUCGGGAGAUUUUUAGAAAAGCGCGGAACGCGAGCCCGAGUAUCAUUUUCUUUGACGAGAUCGAUGCGAUUUCGGCCGCGCGCGGACAUGCGGAAGUGGGCGGCGAUCGGGUGUUGACCAGUUUACUGACUGAGAUGGAUGGCGUGGAGAGUAUGGGUAACGUGAUGGUUUUGGCGGCCACGAAUCGGCCUGAGAUUAUCGACGACGCGCUAUUGCGGCCGGGACGAAUCGAUCGGAUGAUGUACGUCGGUCCGCCUGAUCUGGACGCGCGCAAGAAGAUUCUUGAAGUGCGGUUUAGAAAGAUGAGUAUAGCGGACGACGUGUCGAUCGAGCAUCUGGCGGAGAAAACGGACGGGUGCUCGGGUGCGGAACUCACGUCGCUCUGUCAGGAGGCGGGAUUACAGGCUAUGAACGAGGAUAUCGAGAGCACGAGCAUUGCAGGGCGACAUUUCGAGAAGGCGCUCGAGGGGCUUAAUCGGUCGAUUUCGAAGGAGAUGAUUGAGUUUUACGAGAGUUUUAAGGCGGGAAUUAGUCGUGCUUAG